CCGAGCGGACGCGCCCGCCUGAAGCAGCCAAUUGGGAAGCGCAGAGCAGGUUCAAACACAGACGGCGGGUGAACAUGGCGUCCUCGACUUGGUUUGAGACGUGAUCGGCCUGCCUUCUGGCUGAAGAUGUGGCGGGUGAAAAAACUGAGCCUUAGCCUGUCGCCUUCGCCCCAGACGGGAAAACCAGCUAUGAGAACUCCUCUCCGCGAACUUAUCCUGCAGCCCGGUGCCCUCACCAACUCUGGAAAAAGGCCCCCCGCUUGCUCCUCGCUGACCCCAUCACUGUGCAAGCUGGGGCUGCAGGAAGGCAGCAACAACUCAUCUCCAGUGGAUUUUGUAAAUGCCAAGAGGACAGACUUCCCUUCAGAACAUUUCAGUCAUUCCUCAAAGUGGCUGGAAGCCUGUCAGCAUGAAUCAGAUGAGCAGCCUCUAGAUCCAGUUCCCCAAACUAGCUCUACUCCUAAAACGUCUGAGGAAGCAGUAGACCCACUGGACAACUAUGUGGUUAAAACCAUCGUCCUUGUACCAUCUCCACUGGGGCAGCAGCAAGACAUGACAUUUGAGGCCCAUUUAGAUACCAUGGCAGAGACAAACAGCAUAUCUUUAAAUGAACCUUUGAGAACAGGAGAUCUGGUGAGAGAGGAGGUGGCACCCUGCAUGGAAGACAGGUUUUCAGAAGUUGUUGCUGCUGUAUCUGAGAAACUUAUCUUUCAGGAAUCUCCGUCCCAUCUCUUAGAGUCUCCACCAAAUCCCUCUUCUGAACAACUAAAUUGCUCCAAGGAAAGCCUGAGGGACAGUAGGACUGAGGCUGUGCCUGAGGACUUAGUAGUACCUUCUGAAAGUAACGCCUUCUUGCCUUCUUCUUUUCUCUGGCUUUCCCCUUCAACUGCCUUGGCAGCAGAUUUCCCUGUCAAUCAUGUGGACCCAGAGGAGGAAAUUGUAGAGCAUGGAGCUAUGGAGGAAAGAGAAAUGAGCUUUCCUACACACGCUAAGGACUUUGAAUCAGAAGGUCAAGCACUUGUCUCAAAUGUGGAAGAUAUUCUGUCCACAUGCCUGACACCAAAUCUAGUAGAAAUGGAAUCCCAAGCAGCUCCAGGCCCAGCAGUAGAAGAUGGUAGGAUUCUUGGCUCUGAUACAGAGUCUUGGAUGUCCCCACUGGCCUGGCUGGAAAAAGGUGUAAAUACCUCCGUCAUGCUGGAAAAUCUCCGCCAAAGCUUAUCCAUUCCCUCGAUGCUUCGGGAUGCUGCAAUUGGCACUACCCCUUUCUCUACUUGCUCGGUGGGGACUUGGUUUACUCCCUCAGCACCACAGGAAAAGAGUACAAACACAUCCCAGGCAGGCCUGGUUGGCACCAAGGACAGUACUUCUGAGACAGAGCGGCUCCUGUGUGGCCGGCCUCCAGAUCUGACUGCCUUGUCUCGACAUGACUUGGAAGAUAACCUGCUGAGCUCUCUUGUCAUUCUGGAGGUUCUCUCCCGCCAGCUUCGGGACUGGAAGAGCCAGCUGGCUGUCCCUCACCCAGAAACCCAGGACAGUAGCACACAGACUGACACAUCUCACAGUGGGAUAACUAAUAAACUUCAGCAUCUUAAGGAGAGCCAUGAGAUGGGACAGGCCCUACAGCAGGCCAGAAAUGUCAUGCAAUCAUGGCUGCUUGUCUCUAAAGAGCUGAUAUCCUUGCUUCACUUAUCCCUGUUGCAUUUAGAAGAAGAUAAAACUACUGUGAGUCAGGAGUCUCGGCAUACAGAAAUCUUGGUCUCUUGCUGUUUUGAUUUACUGAAGAAAUUGAGGGCAAAGCUCCAGAGCCUCAAAGCAGAAAGGGAGGAGGCAAGGCACAGAGAGGAAAUGGCUCUCAGAGGCAAGGAUGUGGCAGAGACAGUGCUGGAGGCUUUCUGUGCACAUGCCAGCCAGCGCAUCAGCCAGCUGGAACAGGACCUAGCAUCCAUGCAGGAAUUCAGAGGCCUUCUGAAGGACACCCAGACCCAACUGGUAGGGCUUCAUACCGAGCAAGAAGAGCUGGUUCAGCAGACAGUGAGUCUUACUUCUACCUUGCAACAAGACUGGAGGUCCAUGCAACUGGAUUAUACAACAUGGACAGCUUUGCUGAGUCGGUCUCGACAACUCACAGAGAAACUCACAGUCAAGAGCCGGCAGGCCCUGCAGGAACGUGAUGCAGCAAUUGAGGAAAAGCAGGAGGUACAGACCAGGAGUGGGGACUGCUUAGGCUUGGAUAUUUUUGUUCUAGAUCUCCGGGCUCAGUUGCAGAUUCUGGCCAACUUGGACAACCAGCUAAAAGAGCUACAGAGUCAGCAUGCCCAUUGUGCCCAGGACCUGGCUGUGAAGGAUGAGUUACUCUGCCAACUUAUCCAGAGCAAUGAGGAGCAGGCUGCUCAAUGGCAAAAGGAAGAGAUGGCACUAAAACACAUGCAGGCAGAACUGCAGCAGCAACAAGCUGUCCUGGCCAAAGAGGUGCGGGACCUGAAAGAGACCUUGGAGUUUGCAGACCAGGAGAAUCAGGUUGCUCACCUGGAACUGGGUCAGGUUGAGUGUCAAUUGAAAACCACACUGGAAGUGCUCCGGGAGCGCAGCUUGCAGUGUGACAACCUCAAGGACACUGUAGAGAACCUAACGGCUAAACUGGCCAGCACCAUAGUAGAUAACCAGGAGCAAGACCUGCAGAAAACACGGCAGUACUCUCAAAAGCUAGGGGUGCUGACUGAGCAACUACAGAGGCUGACUCUCUUCCUACAGACAAAACUAAAGGAGAAGACUGAACAAGAGACCCUUCUGCUGAGUACAGCCUGUGCUCCCACCCAGGAACACCCUCUGCCUAAUGACAGCACCUUCCUGGGAAGCAUCUUGAUAGCAGUGGCAGAUGAAGAGCCAGAAUCAACUCCUGUGCCCUUGCUUGGAAGUGACAAGAGUGCUUUCACCCGAGUAGCAUCAAUGGUUUCCCUUCAGCCUGCAGAGACCCCAGGUAUGGAGGAGAGCCUGGCAGAAAUGAGUAUUAUGACUAUUGAGCUUCAGAGUCUUUGUUCCCUGCUACAAGAGUCUAAAGAAGAAGCCAUCAGGACUCUGCAGCGAAAAAUUUGUGAGCUGCAGGCUAGGCUACAAGCCCAGGAAGAACAGCAUCAGGAAGCCCAGAAGGCAAAGGAAGCAGACAUAGAGAAGCUGAACCAGGCCUUGUGCUUGCGCUACAAGAAUGAAAAGGAGCUCCAGGAAGUGAUACAGCAGCAGAAUGAGAAGAUCCUAGAACAGAUAGACAAGAGUGGCGAGCUCAUAAGCCUUAGAGAGGAGGUGACCCACCUUACCCGCUCACUUCGGCGUGCAGAGACAGAGACCAAAGUGCUCCAGGAGGCCCUGGAAGGCCAGCUGGACUCCAGCUGCCAGCCUGUGGCCACCAAUUGGAUCCAGGAGAAAGUGUGGCUCUCUCAGGAGGUGGACAAACUGAGAGUGAUGUUCCUGGAGAUGAAAAAUGAGAAGGAAAAACUCAUGAUCAAGUUCCAGAGCCAUAGAAGUAUCCUAGAGGAGAACCUUCGGCGCUCUGACAAGGAGUUAGAAAAACUAGAUGACAUUGUUCAGCAUAUUUAUAAGACCCUGCUCUCUAUUCCAGAGGUGGUGAGGGGAUGCAAAGAGCUACAGGGAUUGCUGGAAUUUCUGAGCUAAGAAACUGAAGGCCAGAAUCUGCUUCACCCCUUUUUACCUGCAAUACCCCUUUACCCUAAUACCAAGACCAACUGGCAUAGAGCCAACUGAGAUAAAUGCUAUUUAAAUAAAGUGUAUUUAAUGUAUUUCUCCAA